AUGAACGUGGGGAGCUCUCGCUCAUGCGAGCGAGAUGUCGCCGCCCGUCAGGGCACGGGCCCGCCGUCAGCGUCCGCAGCAGCGAAUCAUCUAGGUGCUGCAGGUCACAUCUGCAUUCUCAAAGAUGCUUUUGGCUGUGAAAGUCCAACUGAAAUAGCAAAUCUAAUCUCUUCAGAGAAGUUUGAUGCAGCCCUGGCCAUUCAUCUUUAUAAAGGAGGCAGACUACUGCAAGGUAGCAAAAUUCCUUUUGGAAUUGUCUUUGGUGGGACAGAUAUAAAUGAAGACACCAGAUGUGAAGAGAAACAUCGGAUAAUGGGAGCAGUACUAGCAGAAGCCAGGUUUGCAGUGGCUUUCACGACGAAAAUGAAGGAACUGGCAGCAGCAGAGUGGCCACAUGCUAGGAAGAAAAUAUAUGUCCAAACUCAAGGAAUUAAGACUACACCCAGUGAAACUUUUGACUGGAAUAGAUUUCUACAAAACGCAGGCAUUCCUACAGGUGUGGACAAUUUACACAUUUUUCUUCUGAUAUGUGGACUUCGAAGAAUCAAAGAUCCUCUGUAUUUAGUAGAUGUAUUUUCGGACUGGCACAGAAAGGAACCCAGUGUCCAUCUGGGCAUAAUUGGACCUGCAGUUGAUCCACUUUUUACAAGUGAAGUUGAAGAAAAAGUUAAAAGGGCACCUGGAGUACAUUUAUUACAGGAGAUGUCACAAGAUGAUCUUCAUGCUGCUAUGAAAAGGUGCUUUGCUGUGGUGAACAGCUCCAUUUCAGAGGGAAUGUCUGCUGCAAUUCUGGAGGCAAUGGAUUUAGACAUUCCAGUGCUGGCAAGAAACAUUCCUGGGAAUACAGCAAUAAUAAAACAUACGGAUACAGGACUGCUAUUUUCGGAUCCCCAGGAGUUUGUUUUGCUGUCCAAGAGUUUGAUGAAUGACCCUAUUAUGAAAAGAGAAAUCGUAAGAAAGGCUAAGGACUAUGUGAAGAGACAUCAUUCAUGGGAAUGUGAAAGAAAAACUUAUCAGAAUCUUGUCCUAGGUCUCCAGUGAACUGCAAGACUACAGUUGAUACCCACCAGUCCAUAUCAAGUACUUGAAUGAUGGAAAUGUAAAUAGAUUUAGGUUUUUGUUUGUUUCUUUUUAGAAGAUAUGGUUAGACACACAUGAUUCCGUUCAAACAUACCAACAGCAGAAGACCUGCCUGCUGCAUCAAACUAAUUCAUCUAAGUCACCAUACUGUCUCUGGUGUUACCAAUUCAUUGCAGCCCAGUAUAAUUUUGUAAGAUCACAAGGGAGAAACGUAUCCUCUGAGUGGUCACAAAAUUUCCAUUGUUGUAAAGCCUCAAAAAGGGGACUUUUUUUGUGCAGGUGAGCACCUGACCAAAUAGCACUAAUAUUAAAUGUUGUGAUUGUGCUGCAUCCUAAGAAGUCAGCAGUGAAGUAGCUGUUUUUUCUCCACUAAUACCAAUCCAAAUGUAUUCAGUUUUGCAUGUGAUACACAUAUAAUGUUGUAAAUUAAACCCCAUACAUUCAUAAAGUCAAGGUUUGCUAUAGCUACAGAGUAUAAAAUUAUCAAGGUGAAAGCUUUUUUUAAGAAUAAGAUUAACAUGUCUACAUAUUGAAGACAUGAUAACCUGGGGUCAAAAACAACCAGAGUAUUGGGGCUUGAGGAAACUGAAGUGAACAGGGCAUGUUUUUACCUCGCUGUAGGUACCUGACUUUCUUUCAAAUAAGCUAGUAUUUCCAAAUUUUCUCUGCAUUUUCUCUUGGAUCCUGGAAGCAGAUGAGGAAGGUUGACAGAGCACCCUACAGCUGUACUCAGCUUCCAGAACUGCACAGUACUGCCCUCUGCAGCAAAUAUCUCCACAGACGGAGGUAUUUCAGUAAACUACCUCUUAGUUUGCCAGUGCUUUACCGAUUUACAAAAAGAUUUGACGGCUGCAAAAAGGAAGAAAGAAAAAGUAUAUUCCAUUUACUAUGUACUUGGUACUGUUCUUUCAUUUGUGGAUCUCAGGAUUUAUUAUCAUAACAUAGAAGGAUACUUUAAAAAUGGAGGCUUACCUGAGCUUAAAGUCCUAACUAAUGUUCAUUCCUGACAGCCUACUGGUUAUGGAUACAUCUUUGAAUUAGGUAUUCAAGGAUUACUGUUUAUAGAAAGAAGUGUGUCAUAUUUUAGCUACUUGUUAACUAGAAAAGUGUUUAUUUUGUAUAGGCUUAAGCCAGCCCCUGUCAGAACCACUGGGAAGUUUUCUAUUUACUUGAAUGACUGUUGUGUCAAACGCCUUUCUUUUGUAGUAACGAAGUUCACUGUAUGUUUUAAGUUUUCCACUUUAUUUUUGAUGCUUUGCAACUACAGCAGGUGGGAUAGUAAACAAAAAAGGAAUUUGAAUAUCUCAUAUUUACUUCUCUAAAACUUUUUCCACUUUUAUUGUAAUGUGUUUCUGCUCGGCAUUUCCUUCAAUAACAUCUCAGCCUAUUGCGUAUUCCCUACUGUUCUCAUGAGAAUCAGCAUUUCUUUCACUAACCAGUGACUAGCAAGGCCACUUAGGGGAUCACAGUCUUGACUUUCUUCCAUAGCAACUACAUACUAAAGGAGGAACCCCUACAAUACUGAUUUUUCAGCAUGCCUUCUGUGGUAUGGAACCACUAUAGGCAAUAAAAUCAGGACUAUAUAGCUAUGGAGCUUACUGCGAGGAGUCCUGCUCCGUUCUUCUGCUCCUGCUUCUUCUCAGAUCUCUUCCCACAUGCCUCUGAGCGGCUGCUUAUUCUGCUCUGUGCCGGGGAGGGGGAAACCCAAGGCAUCAUCUUCCUGUAGUAUCUGUUGUCUUCUCAGAAGUACCAGUUGUUAAAAACAAAUAAACAAAUACAUAAUGUAGGGUAGAGGUCAGCUGUACUUUUAAGCACUGAGCUAAUGACAAAUGAUUAGAAAUGCUAAUGACUAGAAAGCUUUUCUAAAGUGUGAUACAUUUAUUACCAAGCUUCAAGCAACUAAACACAAUGAGCCUGAAUUUACACUAAUUCCAGCAAAACAAAGUAUGUGCAAGUGAGAAAUUCUCUUACACCCUCAAAGUGUAAUUAACAUAUGGUUUUUUUCAGGCUGUAUUUAAUCUAUAAAUAUGAAGCCUGCUUGUAAGGAACCAGUAUGCUCAUUUGCAUGCGAUAACCAUACCAGAAACACAAACAACUCUUCUGCAAUAUAUGGGGGGGGGAAGGGAGAGGAAGGAGGGAGCCUGAGGACUGCUUUACAGUUAUCGAAUGAGUCAGUGUUCAUCAAUCAAGGCCAUUCAGCUUUGAUACCAUUUAUCACAUAUGCUUGUAUUCUGCAACAUGAAAUCUGUCUAUUAAGGUUAAAAGGCUGGGGCAACAACUGCUAGGGAAUUUCAUCACAAUAAAUUGCAAUUGAAUUUGUGUUUUAAAUUUCAUCCAGUCUUAUGUUCAAGGCCCAUGAAUAUUCAAUGAGUCUUGUACGUCCUUGUAAAGGAAAUAUUAGAUCCUGUACAGGCAAUUUUAGAUAUAAUUAUCUUUCAUACAACUUCACUCAAACGAUUUUAUAUUUAAGAGUAGUCCUUUUGUUGUCCUGCAGCCCUAAUUAUAGUAUUUAGCUUCCCCUUCAAAGCCCCAUUCCUUAGCCUAGCAGCUUUUCAAGCAAAGCACACCUCAACGGAAUAUGAAUACAGCUCCAAAAACAGCACUUCUUCCCUUCUCAGGAAAAUCCUGCAUUGCCCAUUUACCCGUGUGGCUAAUUCUGUAUUUCAAGACCUUGAAAUGUAUCGUUAAUUAAUCCAAUUACAUGCAUUUUGUUUUGCAAUUAAUUCUGCCAUUGAAUCCACAGGAACUGAGUGAAAGCUGUGGACCCGUACAACGGGUACCACUAUACUGGUGCCUUUCUUGGCACAAUUACUCCAGAAGUAGAGACAAUUUUGUAGUGCUUGGCAAAACUCAGCUAGAGCCUGUGGUUUAUAGAAUGAGAGCUUCCUAAAUUAGGAUUUCAUUUAAAUUGGUUCUAAAACAUACAUAUUCCAGUUUUUAGAGUUCAUUUCUGCAUUCCCAUUAUAGCCUUAACUGGUAUAUGACCUAAGAACACUGUGAUUCUGAGUCAAGCCUUCCUGUAUUUGUCUGCUCCCAAGCAAAAGUUAUUGUGGGCUUAAACCAGCAAAGAUUUGCCACCUGCCCCCUGUGCUGUGUUGACUCUGCUGUUCUGCUGAGCAAGCAGAGCCAACUGCUGUACUCCGCUCCCUCUGCUUCGGCCCUGGUAGAAAGGGCGUUAACAGGCAACUAGUCAGGCUCCACCACAAAGCAUCUCCAUAGGAAGCAAGAGGUUCUUUCUUUAUUUCUUCCUAGAGCAAAUACAACAUUUGUCAGACUCUAACCCUUUGCCAAUACCAUCACUGAACAGUUGGCCCAGAACACUGGCCUUUGGAAAACAGGUUGUACUGAUCUGAACUAUCUUAAUUCACCAAUAACGAUAGCCUUUGAAGCAGCCUAUUCAAUGCGUCUUGAGGGGAAUAAUCUAGUCUAGGGAAAGGAUUUGGUUAGGUAUCUGUAAGGAUUUAAAGAAAACAAAAGUCAACCCUUCCUCUUGGGGCUCAUUACAGCCCGUUUUGAGAAACAUUUUGGAUUUUAGAAAUCAUGUAUGGGGGGAAAAAAAAGCAUAACUCCUGGGAAACCAGAAUACUAAUAUGGCUAUAGAGAUAUUAGUACAUUCUUUAAGUAUUUUAGAAAAAGUAUAUAUCUGAGGAAACUUUUCUCCAAUAAUAAUUAAAGUGGCAUGGCAUUUAGAGAGUUAACAUUCUAAAUUCAGCUUUUGCAAAUGCCACUUUCAAUCUGAUACUGACCCCUGUGAUUUAAAGUCCUGCUAGAAGGCUCAAAGCUACAAAAUUAGCAAAAGGUAGUUACUUGGUGAUCUCAAGGAAAUUAGUUUUGAUGUUUUGCUGUUAACCUAGUUGACAUAUCAUGUCUUAAAGACAACCAUCAAAAGAAAAUGUUACAUUCUAUAUUGGAAGAUUUUCAAGUAUUCCUGCUCCUGCAAAUACAAUUUUACCAUCAAUUUAGCCUGAAUAUUAAGCAGCCUUGAACAUCUGCAAACAGUACCUUUAUGGUAAAUGAAUGCACAAGUACUUCAGUUUUCUUUUACAAAAUAUUCAGCUUUUGUCUAUUGGGCUCAAACUGUUCUGUCCCUUCUCUGCCACCCUGAUCUGUUAAAUCUUUUGGUCAAGAAGAGUUACACGUGAAAAAUAAAGAAACAGUUUUGUCAAAAAUCUUGUCAGAAGAGAUGGGUGCUUCCACAUGGAAAUCAAUCAUUUAAUGGCUCAGUGGGAUCUGAGCUUUUCUUUUUUUUUUUUUUUCCCCUCCAUUAAGUUGUCUAGAGUAAUUUCAUCACUCCAGAACUUAUUUCACUUCCAUCCUCCUCUGUCUGGUUGGUCCAAGUCCAGUUGCUUUAAUGUUUGAAACUUGAACUCUGCAUAAGAGCAGCCCCCUACAGCCUGAUUUGCAAUUGCUUGGUAUAUCCUUGUACGUGUCCCAAUAUUCCUAGCUGUCACAGGUACCUUCAAUGACAUGCCCCAAAGAAAAGUCUUGAUCCUCCAAAUUCUUAUUUGUAUUUAAAAUUUUAUACUAAAGGAGCAGCUAUAAAAAGAAAAGGCUUAAACAAACAAAAGAUUAUGGCCACCAAUAUAGGAGCAAACUGUAUGAUUAAAAGAGGUUUUCUAAUCCUUUUUUUUUUUUUUUUUAAAUGAUCUAAAUUUUCUAAAGGAGUGAAUAAUUUUUAUAUCCAAUUUAAUCCUCUUUAAAUGAACCAUAUUCUCAUCAAGUGAAUACUCCAUACACUAGAUGUCAUUCCUGUGACAUCUAAUUUUAGGUAUUAAAUAUUGAGGGCACUUGAGAUCUGUAGUCAUUUCUAAAAACGUAGGGCAGUAUUUGUUUUGUUCAAUGCUUGAAAAAUGAUUCUAGAAAUUCAUUUCCCCUACAGCAUUACCAUUAAGCUAAUUUAAAAUAUUUUUUUUAAUUAAGCAAUGCAUUUCAAUUAGAACAGAAGAGAACAUCUGGCUACUAAGAAAUCAGUUGUGACCAGCUGACCUGAAACAGCAUUUAACACACCCCUACAGCACCCUUUACCCCUUGCUACUACUGCAGAAGCAAGUUGUAUCACACCUUUUAUGAUAUUUCAGUAUGCCUCUUACGUUGCAAUUUCCAUUCUUGUGUACUUCAGCACAAAUCUUAAGAUGCAAGUCCAGUUAUAGCUAUAACCUUGCUAGCUAGAGGUCACUUAUUUCAUUUGUCUGAUUCAAUCAAGUUACAUCAGGCAUUGAAACUAAAUGCCCCUGUACUGCUUCAAAAAUUAAUCCCCACUGUUGAAGAGUUAUGCUGUUAUUUUAGUAGCUUUAAUGAAGUGAAAUGAGUUACGGAAUCUUUAACUUGAGUAACAUAUCAAAAGCUUAUAUGCUUGGAGCGUGGCCUUUGCCAUCUGUUACAGCCUGCUAGCCUUUUUGCUAUAUGUUGUUGUUCUUCUAACAAUAUGUUCAAAUUAGAUAUCACCUGGAAUCACAUACAAAAAAAAAACUUGCCUGAUCUGUACAACUAUUCCCACCUUGCAUCACCCACUGCAGUGCAUGCCUGAGUCACCUAAAUAAUUAUCUUGCUUUUCCAAGGUGCUGCUUUCCCCUAUCUGUUAGCAUUAAUGCCCAGUGCUGCUGAGAACUGAAGAGGAUACAUGGCUAUUUGUAUAGCUUUUACUACAAAGAUGUUCUGGUUGAAGAGCAAGUCCUGUAAACUUUGCCACAGUGCAAACAAUAAAUACUACUGGCAGUAACUCUUGGCUCUCCAACCCUUAUUUAUGUACCUUUUAUAAUCCAACAAUGACAGAAGUGAUUUGAAGAUCAAGGUAAGAAAGCAAAGGUAACACAUGCUAAUGAAGUAGUAAUAUUCUCAGAUAUUGGUACAAAAUAUUAGCACUUCAGUCCCUAUUUAGGAGUCUACUGCUGCAUUCAGAGUUAAAUUGUGAUACCAUCAUGUGAUACUAUCAUGGCUUUACCCCUUGCUCCUCACACAACAUCUGCGAUUGUUGGAUUAUAAGGUGCUGACAUGAAUAAAGGCAUUAAAGGCUGGCUCACACUUUGUAAUGUGGGUUAAAACAAGUUUUAUCUUAGCCGAAUACUAGUGACAAUAUAGAUGGUUAAGGACCACACUGCAAAUCAGGCCAAGUUGCUGUAGGUUCACAUCAAAAAGAAUGCAACCAAGUAAGAGGCAAUGGGGAAAUUUAAUAAGUUUUUUGAACUAGGUGAAUAUUAGUAGUACGUGUUCUGAAUAGUCAUCAUCUUUUAAUACCAUUUCACUUUCUUUUGACCUCAGUAUGACCCUAGUAAUGAUUCUGUCCUGAACAGGUUUAAAGUCCUUCACAAAGCCUGCAGCUCAUUUUGUUAUUUGUGUUUACUGUUUCAUACUGAUUAUGUCUCUUAUUGUUGUAGCCCUGGGAAAUGCUCCAAGUUGUCCCUAGAGUAUCAUGCAUCUAUUUACCUACUGCAUCUUCCAUCCUUUUUAGUUACUUUUCUACCACUUAAUGAGAUCAUUUUUCUAUCCCCUCCACUUUUAAAAUAUGUGUCCCUGCAAGUCAUUUGUUUGAAUAAAGCAUCAAGAUGCACUUAAGCUUGCACUGGGGGAAGUCUGGCAGCCAUCAUUGUUAAGGUAACAUUGUUUCAUACUGGAACGACUUCCCUUUUAUCCUCCUCCUUGCCAAGCUCAGAUUUUGCCAACGGGCAGCUCUGCAGCAGGAGUCUCACGUAACUGAGCUCAGAUAUGGGAAGCACUUUGCAGCAGUAGCCCAGAGCACAGGCCAGUCCGCACUGCUGAGAACUGUGAGCUGCAGACGUGCCCAAGAUAUAAAGGAAAAACCACACGUAAAAAUGGGAAAGUUGGCCAAAACAGAUAUGAAAGAAGUCUAUCCUCAACCCUUUUCACUGCCUAAGAGGGAAACUUUGGGGGAUUAUUACUGAUGUCUUUCAAGUAAUUUGCAUUUUUUUUUUGAGGAUAAGGGAAAACAGCAGUUCUUAGAACUAUAGUACCUGUCUCUGGCUGGUGAGACUGCCAACCAAAUAGCAGUCAAGGACUUAAAGAAACUGAUGCCUUUCAGACUCUCUGUUCUGGGAUGCUAGCAUCUCCUGAUGACUGAUGUCUGCACAUGCUGCCACAGGCCACUGCAAGAACUCUUGCGAGCUCCAAACUGAUAAUAUUGCUACAGCACUCACUUGAGUUUUGCCAGUGCAAUGCAACAUCAUUGUAAUUGUCACCUCAAUAGACAACAUAGCAGACUGUAGGUCUGAGCUAUUGAGUGGAAGGGAGCAUAUCAUUCAAGUGAUUUGCUGAACUAGAACAAAUCCUCUUCUGGCCCUGGACAGAGAUCAUAUUGCAGCCAAGGUAACUAUAGUGCUGUGAUUAUGGGGGCUGAACGCAAAUGCCUGUUCAUAAGGACUGGACUGAACCUGCUGAGACUGACUGCUCUCAUCCCUUUGAGAUAAAGCUUUGUCAUACAGCUGUUUACACUGUAAGACCCUGACUUCAUCAAGUUUUAAGUGGAAGGACCAGUCUAAGAGAACCGGUCAGCACUGUCACUAUGCUCCUGCUUCACGCUACUAACACCUGUAAAGCUGAACUCCUUUUUCAAAGGGAAAAAAAUUGUCCCUCAGGUCUAUAGCCCCUGAGCAGCAGCCAAUAUAUCUAGCAGAUGGCUCAUAUGCCUCAUAUUUACAUUUCUCCAAUCCCAGCCCCAGGCAGUUAAUUGACCCAGCAAGAAGAGUACAUUAAAAGCCAUGUAAUUGAGAGGUGCUGAGGUUCAGCUCGCCUCUGCGGAAUGGAUGUGCAACACAAGGUAAAAUACAAAAUUUUCAUGCAACACUGAACUAUCUCAGGAGAGAGCAAAUUCCUGAAUACAAACUUCUCAAGCAGAGGAUGCAAGAGGGUGACAUGCCUGAUCCAGUCCAGCAAGCAAGUAUUAGAUCCCAAAUGGCACUACUGAUGAACGUGCACAGCAGCUCAGCUGGAGAGAACAAGAGAUACAGCAAAUGGUUAUCCUGCCUAUAGAUGUAAGUGGAAGCAAUCCCAGACCUAUGGAAGAGAAAUGAAUUGCCAGCAGGGGGAUUUCUGCAUGAAGACAAACAGUCAAAAGCUGAUUUCCUCUAAAUUACUCUAAGGCUGGCAAGAUUUAGCUCACCUACUCAUAAAUUUGGAAACCUAUUUGUCCAGACUUCCUCUGUGGCCAGUGGAGAGCUCUAGGCCUCAUCAAAAGGCUAAUCCCUCAACACAGCCGAUUGACCCAUGGGAGGUAUCUAUUUCUUGCCAUUAAAAGGAGAGAGAGAAACUUUCCGAUACCUGCAUCUCGGUAGGAUAAAUUCCACCCCAAAUUCAGGCCCCUACUUUCUGACAAGGCAAUUCAGGACCCGAGGCCAGAAUCGUUUUAGACAAACAUCUGCAGUCACAAGAAGCAAAUACCAUGGAGGUGAGAAAGCUCUCUAAGCCUUUGAGAGCAGUGUGGGCAAAAGCAAUGUCCUGCGUACUUGGUGCGUGCAGGUGAGUGUACCGUCUCAACAGCAGUGAAGUGUUAUAUUUCAGAAGAAGGUUGCUGUGAUUUAUUUUUUUUUUUAACUGCUACCUACAGGUGACACUAAGAAUGCUACUUAAAUGUCAUUUGAUCAACACUGAGCCUUCAAAGUACUAUUUAAAAGAGGCUGCAAAUGUCUCCAAGCUUCUCUUGAUAGAGACUGGACAACUGUGUAGCACAUGGGAGCAGCCAUUUUGAUGGCAAUUCUAAAAGGAAAAGCAGGCAACGCCAUGCAUCAGGUUAUUAGUGGAUGUAGCCAGUGAGCCCAGAUGAUAAAAGUGCCCCCCAGGUCUUAGCCACAGUCCAACUUGCAUUUUUUCCCUUAAAAGUAUUUUGUUUCUUUGCUGCUCUUUUUUCCAUUAUAUAAAUGCAUCAUUUUUGCAAUAGCAUUAGUGGAGGAAGUUUAAUCUAUUUAGCUUAUAAAAUUAACAAUAGGAGAUAUGCUUUUAACUGAAAAAAGAACAAACAACAGAAAAAAAUUGCUUCCUGAAUCAUGGCAAAAUUUCUGAUUUGAGCAAAGAUAAUAUAAUUGCUUGAUCUCAAAUACCAUAGAAACUUAUAUCCACCCUUAGAUUUGCACAGUGCAAUUGGUGUAUAAAACUCAGUACAUGUUUAUUGGGACCUUCCUAAGGCGUCACACUAGAUCACCUGAUGCAAAAUAAGUUGCUGAUCCACUGCAGUUGUCACACAAACAAUAUGUGCAUGCAUGCACCUCCAUUAAGGCGUCUUGAUGUUGGAAAAUUUCAGAGAAAACAAAUUUAAUCAUGGGAAGCAAAAAAAAGAAUGAAGGCCUAAAGAUGAAGCCAGCACUUCUUGAUGCUCUUUCAGAAGCUGUCACAGAAUAUAGAUACUAUUCCAAGUAUCUUCUUAGUUUUGCCUGUAAAUGCAUGUCUCCCUGUUCCCAUCUAUUUUGGGCAAGGUCAGAAGUCCCCCAGAGCAUUAUAAUUAUCUCAGUCAGAAACGUCAGAAGAGUUUACAGCUGAAGUAGACGUCUGCCCAGAACAUGAAAAUCAGGUGCACCCUAUUGUGUGUUGAGGAGGUAUUAAAGCCAACUGCACACAGCUUUCAGGAGGAGAUUUGGGAAUCUGGUUGCAUUAGCAGGGGAGAUUUGUGUAGCAUCUCUGCUUUAGAAAGUAAGAGAAAAUAAGUCAUACUAUGCCUCUAGCCUUUAAUGUUAAGUCAUUAGGACUGAGCAAGUUAAACUUAUUUUAAAUAAAACCUUGGUGCAUCACCCAUUUGAAGGGAUGAAAAUAGACAUGCCCCUUAAUGUUAAUGCAAUGGUAAGGAUACAUUGGCGAUUCUCGGUGUUUCCCUUUGUUUAUUGCCAGUUUUCCCCUGCAAUAUGUUCAAGGGUUGUAAUCUCAGUGCCUAGUAGUCUGAUGGAAGUGAGGUUUUACUUUUAACAUGAAAAAAAUAAAAUAAAAAUCAGGUUUUGCUAGGGUAGUGUUAAAAUUCAAUAAUGUUAGAUUUGGUAUGCGACUGGAAAUUUUACUUUCACCUGCUGUAUAUUCAACAACACGUCAACUGCCAAUAUCUUCCUUAAGAAAUUAAAAAAAUCAACUCAUUAUUAAAGAGGAUAAGCCUUGCAAAGAGAUUUUAUAGCUUGGAAGGAAGUAACGGGCUCACACUGCGCUGGCAGACUUG